GCUGCAGCCAUGGACCUCAGAUGUGCCUGUCUCAUGUUCGGACUUGUGCUCCUCACUCACCUCUCAUCCCAACAGCUGUUGUCAAGGAAGAAGCUGGUGAAGAAGGUCACUCCAGAGAAAGAUGGAGCUGUUGAGGGGCUUCAGAAGCAAAUCGAUGACAUUGUGAAGGAGCUAAACCUUCUGAAGGAGCAGCAGGCUUUACAAACAGUUUGUCUGAAGGGAACCAAGAUUCACGGAAAAUGCUAUUUGUCUGACCCAUUGAAGAAGCGUUACCACACUGCCAGCGAGGACUGCAUUGCCAAGGGUGGCACGCUGUGCACCCCGCUCUCCCUCGAUGACAACGACAAGUUGUACGACUACAUCCACCAGAGCAUCGGGCCCGACGAGGAGAUCUGGCUGGGCAUAAAUGACAUGCAGACCGAGGGCAUCUGGGUUGACCAAACCGGGUCAACUGUGCGCUACAAGAACUGGGAUGCGUCUUUCAAGGGCGAUCGCAGCAAGAAUUGUGCAGUUUUGUCUGGGUCUAUUAGCGGGAAGUGGCUGGACGAGAAUUGUCGCGAAGAGAGAGCGUCCGUGUGCGAGUUCAACAUAGUCUGAUAGCAUGAGCGGUUGCCCUAAAAGAGUACUUUAUCGAGGCUUUGGACUCACACACACCUUUCUUUUUAUUGCCUCUGUCUGUCAUAUGCUAUCUUACUGCACCUUGCUUUCAUGACAAUUUAAUUAUACUUUCCUCCCAGUGGUAUUUCAAAAUGACGCAGUGGCUUUCCAUUGUGGGGAUUUUGUUUUCCACAUGUAAUUAGAUAAACAUGGACUCCAAAAAGGUUAAAGUGCACUGAAACUGGCUUUGUGGUAUAAAACAAAAAAAAGAGAUGCAUGUGAUUGAGCUAACCAAAGUUUUUAAUCAUAGAGGGGAAAUGUUUAAAAGAACAUUUUCAGUCAGAUCAAGAGGUCAUUGUCAACAGCUUAAUUUUUCUUUUAAAGGCAAGAGUGACAAUACUGAUGAUUAUUUCAGA